UUGCAAGUUUCUCAACGUCAAUAUUUUCCGAUUUUCGCUAAAUUUUCAAAGAAAUUAAUAUUAAUUUCGCUUUCAUUUUAAACUAUGUUUAAUUGCUAAGUAUAAUCGCACAUUUCUUAGUUGGCAGCUCGAAUAUUAUUCGUUUAAGUGUUUGUAUGUGAAUAAGCUGUUAUUAUGUCUGAGAAGCUGACUCUGGGCCAGCGGGUGAUCGUAAUUGGCAAAGAUGUGAAGGGAUCGGUGGCUUACGUGGGGUAUCCUACGUUUGCUACAGGAAAGUGGAUCGGGGUGAUCCUGGACGAGCCGAAAGGGAAGAACAACGGGACCGUCCGUGGACACGCGUAUUUCAGAUGUGAAGAAAACUAUGGAGUGUUCGUACGUCAGACACAAAUCCAGAUGUUGGACGCGGAGGACAAUCCGAUGGAGACCUCCAUGACAACGUCCAUCGAGGAAUCAAAGUCUACGACUUCUAACCGUAGGCUUAGCAGGGUCCGUCGCAAGGCGUCGCCCGCGCAGACGAAAGCUGGCACUCUGUCGAUGUCAAGUUCACGCACGUCCCUGGCUAGCAGUCGCCAGUCGCUCACCAGUUACGCGUCGCCGACUACUGAACGCGCUGUGUCGCCGGACUUGGCUGCGAAGCGGGCUUCGUUUGUUGAGACUGGCUUCGUGGAGACCCUGACUCCUCAGUACACUCCAGGCCAGAGCAUCACAUCGCCGCAGCCGCAGCCGACCGCUGAAGAAAAGUUGGCGAAUCUGCAAGCCCAACAGGAGAUAACCAACCUAAAGUCCGAGGUAGAAGACUUGAAAGAGAAGCUAGAGACGCUCAAAGUCCGUCGCGCGGAAGACCGCGAGAAACUACGCGAGUUAGAGCGAGUGAGGCUACAGUUGGAGCAGGCCAAUGAGUUCAAGACGAGGAUCAUGGAGUCGCAGGCGCAGUUGCAGCGAGAUUUGCAGAGAGCUAAGCAAGAGGUCCGCGAAGCGCAGGAAGCGUUAGAAGCACACAACGAAGAGACAGCGGAGUUACAAGAAGCGACAGAGAUGGCAGCACUGGACAAGGAGAUGGCCGAAGAGAGAGCGGAAGCGCUGCAGAUCGAAUUAGAGCAGUGCAGAGAGAAGCUGGAAGAAGCUACGCUUGAUUUACAGCUGAUGAAGGCAGAGAUGGAGGCUGGAGGGAACAUACAGCACCCGUACGCAGCGGGCGACGCCGCCGCCACUGGAUACGAGAUGAGGCAGCUUCAGCAGCAGAAUGCAAGACUCAGAGACACCCUGGUCAGGCUGAGAGAUCUGUCAGCCCAUGACAAGCACCAUAUGCACAAGGUUAUGAAGGACGUGGAACAAUACAAAUCGGAGAUCGCUGAACUGAGCAGGACUAAAGAAAAGCUCUCCAGCAGAGUGGAAGAGCUGGAGGCCAUCGUGGCAGACUUGAGGGAACAGGUGGACGCUGCUUUGGGUGCUGAGGAAAUGGUCGAACAGCUGGCUGAGAAGAAAAUGGGUUUGGAAGACCAGGUGGAACAACUGAAGCAAGACGUGUCCGAGCUGGAAGCAUUGCAAGAGGUCCACGAACAACUGGUGGAGUCUAAUAGGGAACUGGAGAUGGACUUGCGUGAAGAGUUGGAGAUGGCACACGCUGCUACCAGAGAGGCGGUGCGAGAAAGAGAGGCGGCGCUAGAGACGAUCAUGGACCGCGACGCCACGAUCCUGAAGUUCAGAGAGCUGGUGCAGAAGAUGACUGAGCAGUACAACGAGAUCAGAACGCAGCUGGAGUCUAAGCAAGGAUCCCCAGCCCCGAGCGAACAGGAGUCCACCCCCGAACCAACAGCCCGAAGCUCCCCGCCAGUCGAACUAGGCUCGCUAGUGCACCUGUCGCGCGCCUCCACGCGCUCCAUAGACCUGCAGUUGCGCGCGCUCGAGCUGGCCCAGGCCCGGGCCAGGGCGGACAUGCUCGCCGCCUGUCUGCCCGACCACUUCAUGGCGUGCGCUGGUGAGACUACUUCCAGUAAGCUAGUGGCAGGUGUCUGCUCCCCGCCAGUGGAGCUGGGCUCGCUAGUGCACCUGUCGCGCGCCUCCACGCGCUCCAUAGACCUGCAGUUGCGCGCGCUCGAGCUGGCCCAGGCCCGGGCCAGGGCGGACAUGCUCGCCGCCUGUCUGCCCGACCACUUCAUGGCGUGCGCUGCGCAGCUUCACAUCUUGCGUCACUGCAGCAAGCUAGUGGCAGGUGUCUGCUCCCCGCCAGUGGAGCCGGGCUCGCUAGUGCACCUGUCGCGCGCCUCCACGCGCUCCAUAGACCUGCAGUUGCGCGCGCUCGAGCUGGCCCAGGCCCGGGCCAGGGCGGACAUGCUCGCCGCCUGUCUGCCCGACCACUUCAUGGCGUGCGCUGCUGUCUCAAGAGUCUCCCAGCUGUCUCAGUCACUAGCGGACCUUCACAGCUUGUGUCACUAUAGCAAGCUAGUGCCAGGUGUCUGCUCCCCGCCAGUGGAGCUGGGCUCGCUAGUGCACCUGUCGCGCGCCUCCACGCGCUCCAUAGACCUGCAGUUGCGCGCGCUCGAGCUGGCCCAGGCCCGGGCCAGGGCGGACAUGCUCGCCGCCUGUCUGCCCGACCACUUCAUGGCGUGCGCUGCUGUCUCAAGAGUCUCCCAGCUGUCUCAGUCACUAGCGGACCUUCACAGCUUGUGUCACUAUAGCAAGCUAGUGCCAGGUGUCUGCUCCCCGCCAGUGGAGCUGGGCUCGCUAGUGCACCUGUCGCGCGCCUCCACGCGCUCCAUAGACCUGCAGUUGCGCGCGCUCGAGCUGGCCCAGGCCCGGGCCAGGGCGGACAUGCUCGCCGCCUGUCUGCCCGACCACUUCAUGGCGUGCGCUGCUGUCUCAAGAGUCUCCCAGCUGUCUCAGUCGCUAGCGCAGCCUCACAGCUUGUGUCACUACAGCAAGCUAGUGCCAGGUGUCUGCUCCCCGCCAGUGGAGCUGGGCUCGCUAGUGCACCUGUCGCGCGCCUCCACGCGCUCCAUAGACCUGCAGUUGCGCGCGCUCGAGCUGGCCCAGGCCCGGGCCAGGGCGGACAUGCUCGCCGCCUGUCUGCCCGACCACUUCAUGGCGUGCGCUGUGGAGCCGGGCUCGCUAGUGCACCUGUCGCGCGCCUCCACGCGCUCCAUAGACCUGCAGUUGCGCGCGCUCGAGCUGGCCCAGGCCCGGGCCAGGGCGGACAUGCUCGCCGCCUGUCUGCCCGACCACUUCAUGGCGUGCGCUGGCGCCUUCCAGCUGUCUCAGGUGCCUUCCAGCUGUCUCAGGCGCCUUCCAGCUGUCUCAGGCGCCUUCCAGCUGUCUCAGACGCCUCCGGCUGUCUCAGGCGCCUUCCAGCUGUCUCAGGCGCCUCCGGCUGUCUCAGGCGCCUUCCAGCUGUCUCAGGCGCCUCCGGCUGUCUCAGGCGCCUCCGGCUGUCUCAGGCGCCUUCCAGCUGUCUCAGGCGCCUCCGGCUGUCUCAGGCGCCUCCGGCUGUCUCAGGCGCCUCCGGCUGUCUCAGGCGCCUUCCAGCUGUCUCAGGCGCCUCCGGCUGUCUCAGGUGCCUUCCAGCUGUCUCAGGCGCCUCCGGCUGUCCCAGGCGCCUUCCAGCUGUCUCAGGCGCCUCCGGCUGUCUCAGGCGCCUUCCAGCUGUCUCAGGCGCCUCCGGCUGUCUCAGGUGCCUUCCAGCUGUCUCAGGCGCCUCCGGCUGUCCCAGGCGCCUUCCAGCUGUCUCAGGCGCCUCCGGCUGUCUCAGGCGCCUUCCAGCUGUCUCAGGCGCCUCCGGCUGUCUCAGGUGCCUUCCAGCUGUCUCAGGCGCCUCCGGCUGUCCCAGGCGCCUUCCAGCUGUCUCAGGCGCCUCCGGCUGUCUCAGGCGCCUUCCAGCUGCCUCAAGCGAUUUCCAGCAGUCUCAAGCGCUUCCCAGCAGUCUCAAGCGCUUCCCAGCAGUCUCAGAUGCUUUAUAGGAGACCCAGAUUCCUUCCAGGUGUCCCAGCACAUUCUAGACACUUCUCAGCAGUCUCAGUCGCUCUCCAGCUCAAGCUAGUGCCAGGUCCCUGCUCCCCGCCAGUGGAGCUGGGCUCGCUAGUGCACCUGUCGCGCGCCUCCACGCGCUCCAUAGACCUGCAGUUGCGCGCGCUCGAGCUGGCCCAGGCCCGGGCCAGGGCGGACAUGCUCGCCGCCUGUCUGCCCGACCACUUCAUGGCGUGCGCUGGUGACCACGACGCCAUAUUGCUGAUCCUACUCCUGCAGCGAUUGAACACGAAGGCUGAAAUCAUACUGGGGCAGAUAAGAGAAAGGUUCCCAGCUGUGAACGUGUGGGACAGAGAAGCGGUGACAAAGACGCACACAGCUGUGCAGUACAGUUUCCGGUGUCAAUUGGAGUAUCAGCUGUACAUGAUACAGUGCAUGGUCUGUAUGUGGACCGAAGCCCUAGACUCGUGCACGCCGGAACAGCUGCUGCGAGCGGCCAGCGCGCUACCAGACGCGGCGCAGCAGGAGAAGGCUUUGGACGCCGCCUGCCAGCUGCUCAAAUCUAACGAACUUGACGAAAACUGCUCGCUGGACGGUGUGGAGCGCUGCUGGGGCUACCUCUCAGCCAUGUGGUCAGCGCUCAACCUGUCUCCGCUAGAGGGAGCCGUUGUGUCUCGCGCGGCCGUCGCCCACGCCAGCUCCGCGCUAGACGCGUUAGCUAGGGCGCUGCAUGCUGACGCUACUGCGCUUACGCACGUUACUCAGCAAUCCGACCGCCAGUUAGAGCUGGGUCAGCUACACGAAGCCAUCAGCACAGCCAGCGCCACGCUGCAGCAGCAGCUGAAGAGCGUCCGCCGCCGCCUGCCUCCUGGUCCCAAGCUGCGCGCCGUACCGUUAGACCCUCAGUUGGUGGAACGCCUCCGCGGCGAAUGCGCCAGCACCCUCUGGCGUUGCGUGCGCUGCGUCUGGCUCGCGGCCCGCGCGGCCUGCGCCUGCGCCGCCACCGCCGGCGAGCGCGGCGACCCCGCCCCCUUGCCUCACGCGACGUUGGCUCAGCUGUGGGCUGCUGCUGUUGACAAGCUGUAUCAGCAGGACGACCACGGCCCAGUGCGUACCAUAAAGCACGCGCUGUCAUCCGUGUCUGUUGACGUCACCAAGCUGGCCACCUUCGUUCAGGACAAAGAGUACGAUAUGAUGUCGCUCACCAACGCCGCUAUUGAGAAGCCGAUCCCGCCAGUGGUUCUGCGAGCGCAGCUGGUCAAGAAACAGCUGGACGAGACCAAGACGCUGACAAUCAAGCUGGAGAACAAGGAAGCUGAUAUCAAGGAGCUGAGGAAGGCUCUCAAGGCUAAGCAGGAAGAGCUAUCCGAGAUGCAGAUCCGGCGGGAACUAGGCGAGCGGAAGCUAACAGCUGCCGCGCGUGACGCGGAACUCCGUGCGGAACAGUUGCAGCGCAGACUGGAAGACGCUCAGAACCAGCUUAAGAGGAAAGAGAAAGAGUUCGAAGAAACAAUGGACCAUCUGCAACAAGACAUAGACUCUUUGGAGAGCGAACGUGGCGCCCUCCGCGACAAACUGAAACUCUACGCCAAGAGGGGCGGCUCGCAUCACGAUUUGGCGCUAUUGACGGUGGCGCCGCCUGUCGUCCGAGACUACGCACCGGUGCCGACGCCCGUAGCGACGCCAAAAGAAAUAAUACAGGAAACGCCAAUAAAGGUGGUGGCUGGUGCCGCGGCUGGAGAAGUCAAUGAGGCUCUGCAGCACCAGUUGAAGGUUCUCAGCUGGACAGUGGAGCGCGAGCGCGCCGCCCGCGUGGCAGCCUGCAGGAAGGCCGAGAGAGCCACCAUCCGAAGCCUGCGGCCGCUGGAGCACCCGACCGCCAAGCCGGCCCUGGCCAGGAGGCAGGCGGCCGCGCAGCUCGAGAGGGAGCUGGCCAAGUUGCAGACGGAGUGGACUCUCUUCGUGGCGCGGUCUGGCCUAGUCAAGUUCCCGGAGGAGCCUGGGAAAUACGCUCGCGCGUUACAACAGCACAAGGACAAGCAGAAGGAGAUCAGGAAGCAGCUAGAGGACCGCCUCGUGGCGUUGCAAGCGGAGGUGCGCAGCCAGAUGCUCCUGCACCGGCCCUGGCGUUGCGUGGAGGCGGACUUCGCCGAAUUCCCUGCGAGAGAACUAGCGGCGGCUCUCACCGGCAAGUCGGUGGACGUCGGCACCAUACAUUACCCGGCGGCGGGAGGCGCGCCCAGUGGAGACACCAUCUACGUCACGCCAACUCAGCUCGCCAGGUUACGCGACAUAGUAGCAGAACUGCAGUCGGACGACGUGAAGUUGGAACUACGGCCGCUUGACCACACAGUAUGCGCCGCGUAGAUGUCCCAACACUUUGAGAACCAAUGUCUUCUAACACACUAUGUGUCAAACAAAAGACACCUUAAUAUACAGCCUAAUUAAAGUUGCGAUUCCCUUAAAUAAGCUCGAACAAAGUAAACAGUUUGGGAAACUAUUGCCCGUUUUCACCAUCAAUCCCUAAUUUUUAAGUGAGCCCUAUAGUACCACAUAACAGGAAUUUUGUUUUUAGGGGUCACUUAAAAAUUAGGGAUUGAAGUUGAAAACGGGCAUUAGUCAGUUAAAAUGUAUCAAUACUUUGGGAAUCUUUGUCUCCUAACACACUAUGUGCAAUAAAUGAGAUCUUUAACAGACUACUAUUGCCAGUUUUCACCAUCAAUCCCUAAUUUUUAAGUGACCCCUAUGGUAACAUAUAACAGGAAUUUUGUUUUUUUAGGGGUCACUUAAAAAUUAGGUAUUGAUGUUGAAAACGGGCAUAUGUCUCUUAAAAUAUUUCAAUAUUUUGAGAAGCAAUAUCUCUUAACUAACAAAAACAUGUAAAAUAAAAGACAUCAUAAUUUACAGCCUAAUAAAGUUUGAAGUCCCACAAUAAUUCACGUUUUCAUUGUCGUAUAUUUGUAAAAAA